AUGGCCUCAUUGAUUGAUUUCACAGAACCAGUACCAUUAAUAGAUCCAUAUAAAAGCAGGCCUUUAUUUUCUGUUGGAGGCAUUGGAGAAGAAGAUGAAAAUGGGGUGCAGUAUUGUGGGUGUGAAAAGGGAAUUGGAGGUAAUGAGGAAGGUGUCGAUGCAACAAAUGGCGAUGGGGAAGAUGUAGUUGUAGCAUCAACACCUAAUUGGGUAGGUAUGUUGACAACAAUUGGGGAUAUGGAGGAAGGUAUUGGUGUAGGAGUUGUGGGUGAAAAAUUUAUCUUUUCCACUGGAGACAAACUCUAUUUCUUCUUUCUUCUUGAGAAUCUUCAGAUUCUUUCCAUGACCGAGUCUAAAAACAUCAUUCCUCCCCUAUUCAGAUGUCCCAUAAGUUUAGACUUGUUGGAAGAUCCUGUAACCUUGUGCACAGGCCAAACCUAUGACAGGUCAAACAUAGAAAAAUGGCUUGCUGCUGGUAACCUCACUUGUCCGGUCACAAUGCAAAAGCUUCACGAUCCAUCCAUUGUUCCCAACCACACUCUUCGCCACUUGAUCGAUCAGUGGCUUCAACUGGGUCCCUUAUUCGACCCUGCCAACCCUGAAACUUCAACUAUUGAAUCCUUAGCUUAUCUGAAGCGUACCCUUGAAUCCCAUGAAAGCAGCUUAAAAACCAAGCUUCAAGCACUCACCAAAAUCAGUCUUUUAUCUGAUGAGUAUUGCUCCUUUAACAAAUCAUGUUUCCUCCAAUUGAACUUCUUGCCACUGCUUCUUGAACUAGUUUUUGGAACUCAAGUAUCAAUAGAUCACAUGGACUUCAUAGAGCUGGCACUUUGUUGCAUUCAGAAAUUGCUGCCACUCGGUAGUUUGGAGCCUCUAAAUAUGAUCAAAGAUGGGUCUAAAUUAGCCAUGUUUGUGCUACUAAUUGAAAAGGGUACUAACUCAGUAAAGACUAGUUUGUGCCGUGUUAUAGAGUCAGCAUCAUGGUCAUCUGAGACAGAAGAUUUGUGCUAUAUUCUUGGAAAUUGUCCCAAACUAGUACACGAGAUUGUUGAAGUUGUUAACCAAAAUUAUGAAGUUUCUGGGGAUGCAAUUAAAGCCAUGUCAGCACUGUGUUCCUUGCAAUCCAAUAGAGAGAGUUUGGUGAGAGGAAGAGCAAUAGAAGGUAUGAUGAGAUACAUCUCAUCAGAAAGAAGAGAGCUGACCCCACUGGCAGUGAGAACAGUUGAGAAACUUAUGGGGCUGGAAAGUGCUAAAGUGGCAUUGGUGAACCACCCUAAUGGUGUUGUGACUUUGGUUAAUAUGGUUUUCAAGGUAUCUGAUCAAGAAUGCAGUGAGAGUGCUGUUGAGGUGCUUUUAGUUGUUUGUGGUGAAUUUGAGCGUGCAAGACAGACAGCCAUUGAAAGUGGAGUUUUGACUAGGUUGUUGUUGCUCCUGCAGAGUCAGAGUAGUUACACAACAAAAUCAAAGGCAAGAAUGCUACUCAAAUUGCUAAGAUCAGAGCCAAAGCAGAAAUAGGAUUGUCAAUAAUAAUGUUAAUAGCACAAGUAUGUUUGUGAUCAAAUGAUCAUAACAUUGAUGAAGACUAAAAAGUGUAUACGUAAGUGUUUCCUACAUGAAUUUAUGAAUUUCUGGUCUCCUUGUUCCCUGUGGUUGUAAUCUUUUUGAAUAAUAUGGGAAUAGUUGAAUCCCAAUAGGAGUUUAAAAGUCAGUUUUGUCCUCAUUGUUGCCCACUCACCCACUCACGAC